CAUUCUCGUCGCGGACGCCAUGUAGUGCGUAGCACGGAGGCGCACGAUCGGCGUACAGUGGUGCUGGUGAUAUGCGAUCGUGAGGAUCUCUCUUCCGGCGGCGGUAGACGUGAGCCUCCAGCUAGUACCAGGGGCCCUUUGUACGGGGCACCUCGAGUAAGUUCCAAUCGCGGAGCAGAUCGCACGUGGUGCGCGCGGAUCGUCGCGUUGCUUGCUAGUGAAGAGUGGAUGUCUCGGUGCGCGGACUUUUGGAUUGGACACUUUCCUCCAAGUAUGCCGAGUACCUGGAGGAACGACCUCGUGUAGACGAAUAGCGAACGCCAAUUGUGCCUGGGGAGGGGGGGGUGUGCGUAUGCGUGUAUUGUGUGUAUGUGUGUACGAUAGAAACAAGUAGAUGAGAUACCCAAAGUUGAUCGUUAAUACCAUUUAUCUUGAUCUGACCGGUCAGAACGAGCGGUAGAUCGAAAGCGCUCCAAUUCCGGCAGCCUCGUUGACUCAAGCUGAGGUACGAAACAACUUGGCUUGACGGGAGCCCACAUCGAUAUUAAAGCCGCGCGGAAGAAGUCCAAGAGCAAAAAUGGCAGUUAUCGUUCGUCGCCGAACAUCGGGCCGAUAUUAAUCAUCGGUUGAUCGGAUGUCAGGCCGGUAUCUGCGGUAUCAAGCACUCGAAAUGGACGACACGGUGAUUUGUCAGUGAGACUGUGCUCGUGAUCGGAAGCUCAAUCUGCAUGGCAACUCGAUAUUUGUGUCCAUUGCAUGUGCAACGUACGAUGCGCAAAUUAACGUACUAAUCAGAGAGACGAAAGUGCGCCGAUUGAUGACGCUGCACGGAGAAAUAUCCACGAGAGAGAGAGAGAGAGAGAGAGAGAGAGAGAGAGAGAGAGAGAGAGAGAGAGGGGAGAAUAAUUUUGUGCCGUUGACGAGAGAAAUCCAAGUGCCUUUAGUCUAGUUAGAUUUCUCCCUCCAGGACGAGAUAGAAUGUUCCUCAAGUAAAGACGUUCGAAGGGACUGUACGUGUCGUGCGCAAAUCUCAUCUUCAUGGCAAACGUCGUGCGACAGCAACCUCAUCAGAAGUCGCCUUGAUAUUCGGCAAGUACCCAAUUGGGGGCGCGCGUUAUUUUCAAGACGCAACCUCUCUCAAAGUUUCUCGAUACGGUGGUCCCGGGUGUAGCUUGUACGACGUACAAGCAGAUUCUCGCGGGGCUUAAUUCGAGCUGAAUUAUCCGGCGAUCGUUUGUGUCCCGGCUCGUAAUUGGCAAUCAGUGUCGGGAGCGUGCACGAUACGUGCGCAGAAUCGAUUUCCAUCGGAUUUGACGCGCGACACGCUGGAGAGACACGCGGCUGGAGAGUGCCGACGUCGGAAAUACGGUCCAACACGUCUCGUGCGCGUUUGUUUUGGGAGAUCUGGACAAUAGUUUCCGAGGAGUCGACGACCGUCGCGGAGAAGAAUAGACGGUGACCUCAUGCUUUACUUAAGCCGCGGCGACCGGCAGCGAGACAAUUGGAUCUCGGUUCGGGUCAUCAGCUUCGUGGAUCAAGCUGAACGAGCGACGUGGCCCAAGGAGAGCGCUCACUGUAACCGCGUUGAGGCCGCGAGAUGGCGACCAUGGGAGUGACGGUGUUCUGCAACAGGGUACAGAUCAACGGAAACGAUCAGGAACAGCUGAUGUUGCUGCGGACCUUACAAGACAACGAGAGUAACAUUAUCAGCAACCAGCCGCUGAUCGUACCGAAAAGCAACACUGCCAGCAACACAACGAGCUCGACGGCGGUGUUGCCCCCCUACGACCCCUCCAGGCUGAAGAAGCACGGUAAGAAUGGGCAACCGCCACCCGUCGCCGUUGCCCGACGAAACGCUCGGGAGCGGAAUCGCGUGAAGCAGGUGAACAACGGAUUCGCCACGUUGAGACAACACAUUCCGAGCCACAUUGCCGCGGGUUACGGGGACAGGGGUAAGAAGCUGUCCAAGGUGGAGACACUGAGGAUGGCGGUGGAGUACAUCCGAGGCCUUCAGAGGCUUCUAGCCGAGGCCGAUGGCGUCGAGUACGACUCCAGUACUGGUGCUGGGGCACAGUGCGUCCCUUCUCCGACCAGCAGCGUCGUCUCUUCGACUCAUAACGGUUCCGGUGAGAGACUCGCUCUUGAGGACGACGUAUUGGCCGCGGAAGACGACGAGGGAGAGCAAUUGGACGAGGAGGAGGACGGGAGUAACGUGAAAUCGAGGAUCACACUAUCCAGAUUGUCCCCCAAUCGAACGGCCGAGCCAUCGCCGCGCGAGUACUAUGCAUCGCCGGGCGGUGACGAGGAAAACCUGGAGCCGCGCACUGUAACAAGCGGGCAAAAUUUCUCCAGGAAUCUCUCGCCGAACUCCGCGGCCUCGCCGCCGUCCGAGUAUUAUACUCAAAACGAGGAGAAUCUGGAACCGCAGAUCCUGUCGCCCUACAGCGGCGCCGGUGACAGCGAAGAGGGCGCAACGACCAUCUACGCGACCAGUCCGGACACCUUCUCGGGAGCCCUCUACUACAAGCAGGAGAUCACCGAGACGGGGGAAUUCAUGGACGUCGUCAGCUGGUGGGAACAGGAACAGGGCAGGCUCGUCCAUCAACAGCACACGCAACGGCUGACGCACGUGUAACCAUAGUUAUAAGGUCCAACUAGGGAGAAGUCCAAUGUUUCGCAUCGAUUCGAGGCCCGAUCUAUGCGCCUCACGCGAUACGCCUCGAUGAAAUUUCGCAUGAUCUCAUCUUCAGCCCAGAACGAAGAUUCACUCGCUAAAAUGCGCAACAUCCGAACUUGACGUCGCGUUGCAUUUGCGAUCGAUAAGAAAAGUUGGAAAAUCGUACUUACAGCGACGAGAGACGCUUGGACGCUGACGGCGAAGUCUCAAUGUCGUCUUUUGGAUAGUAGGGAGGUAAAACUAUUACGGAUGUUGAACGUUUAUUUAAUGCAAAUGAUAUAUUUAUUUAAGAAAUCAGUUAUCAUACAUCUACACGCAAACACACACACACACACACACACACACACAUACACAUUAGAUUGGGUUAACUUCACAUAUCAGAUCGACUCGGUUACCUCCGUAAGGCAUUCUCAACUGCAUUAAUCGAUGAUCUUUCUUUAAGAGCAAUAGAGAAAGAAAUGUACGUUAAUUCCUCUUAGCAAUGGCACUUUGCGCUUCCAGAAAGAAAUACCUGCUCGGCCAUUUGUGCGUCGUAUAUGUAUGUAUACAUAUAUAACACGGAUACAGUUAAUUUAAUUACAUCGUGAAUUUGAUUAUUAUUGAAGUCACUUUUUAUCGAUAACCGAAAGAACGCCGCGUAACUAUAGAAUUAUGAUAGAUGUGCAUAACGCACGUAACGUGUGCGCGUGCUAUAAUAUACGACUCUACGUGCUAUAAUAAGAACGAUAAAAUCCUUGUUGUACGGAUAUCCUUGUGAUCGUUUAUACGAUAUUUUUAUUAAAUUUUUACAUUAUUCACGUGGUUUGAGGUGUUUGAGAAGCGAGAAACGCGACACUCUUAUUUAUACGUAAAGCCGAUGUUAGCGAAAUAUUUAUUACAUCUUGCGUUUAUUAUGCAUCGCGCUAUUUGAUACAUACAAAUAUAUAUGUAUACAAAUAUAUUUAUGCUUAAGGUAUCGCAUAAAAGAAAAAUAAGGCGGACGAGGUAUACAGUGUGUGUGUCAAAAAGUAAAGUCAGCCGGCGAGAGGACGAUAAAUGCCGAAUACAAUACACGUAAUGUAUGUAUAAACUUACCCGCGAGGUUGGGAAAUUGCCAAGGAAAAGCGUAUACGUGCAUUAUUCGCGCUUCUUCUGCCCUCUAUCGUCUCCUCGCUCGACCUAACUUGUUGACGCGCGCCGUGUUGGAACGACUUGAAACGCUGCGAGACACAAUCAAAAGCAUCUGUAAAUACAAGUGCCUUAAUUAAUCGUAAGUGGGAGGAGGAGGAGGAGUCGCGCGUCACAAUAAACUUAAGGCUAUAUUUUGUACUUGAAACUUUUUCUCACGGAGUAUUCGGGAAAAAUGAAGCCACACCGGCAGCACCACCGGAAAGCAAGCACCACUGUAUCUGUGUAUGUGGAGAAGCGCGACAGCCGGCUCGAUCGAAGAAGCGAUCGCUCGAAUAUAUUCGUCGCUAACCGGCAAAACAGCCUUGACACGUGGCACAAUUAAGCCGCCGCUACUCGAUGUAAUCGUACGUAUUCACUGCCACGUAUUAACACGAUAUUAACGUAAAGCCGUCACAGCGACACACCAUCGUUUCGACACGUCGUGUCCGCGUGGUUGAAUAAUUAAUUUCACAAUAAAUCGAUAGUGCAGUUAGGAGACGCCAAUGACGCAAUUGCGACGCGUAUUGAAGCUGCUCCGCCGGUUGCACGCGAUCGCAGCGAGCGAAUAACAAUCGGCGACUUUCUUUCCUCGACGACUCUCCUCGAGAGUCUAUCUUUGAUAGCGUCUUGUCGCACAUGCAAACGUAUUUACGUGCCUUAAUUCCGAGAUGAGCCCCGAUCGAGUUCGCUGUCGGUUCAUUGACGAAAAAUGCGAUUAUCGUCCGCCUAUGUGAAGAUAUCACGAGCCGCGCGAAGCGCUCGCGGAAACGUAUGAGAUUUGUUACGAAUGUACCUUCGACUCUAGCGCGUGACUGUAUUCAUUAUAAUAAUAUAACUCGAGGCAUACUCGUAUGCAAUACAUAUUUCAUUGCAUACAUUGUCGAGAAUGACGUUACGAUUGCGGAUAUUUUUUCUAUUAUAAAUUUCCUAUCACUCGCAGGAAGUGCGUUGCGACACUCGACGAUUGUUCUCAUUCUCUCCUUCCUUCCCUCCAUCCCUCCCUCUCCUUCUCUC